GUGUGAUGUGCUGUGUUGAACUAUUCAUGACUCGAAUUCGACAAAAUGAAGACGUGUUACCUGCUGCUCCUGCUCGGACUUGUAAUUCCAUGUGGCGCGUUCUCAGAUAUCUACCAGAAAGUGGGAAAUAAAGUUGUCCUUAGUCCAGGCCCUGUGACUGAUGACAUCUCCAACAUAGUUUGGAAACAUGGACCGAACAUCGCCAUGAUGUGGUCUGGAGACAAAAUCACAUCAUACCAAGAGUUAAAAGAUCGCUGCACGCUGAACCUCACAACUGGAGAGCUGACCAUCUCAAACCUGACAUUAAAGGACAGCGGCAACUACACAGCAGAGAUCAACAACAAAAUCUUGGGCACAACUGAAAUCAUGGUUAUCUUACCCGUUCCUAAACCAACUAUCUCCAUAAGCUGUAACGAUGAAAAGACCCACUGUGUUCUCACCUGUGAAGGCAACACUACAGGUGUUGAACAAGUCAGCUAUUACUGGACAUUAGAUGACAUGGCGUCAUGGAGUCUAUCCAAAGAGAUCAACAUAACAAAGGAGGAAAUGGAGCGUUUUAUUUCCUGUACAUUGGAAAAUCCAGUCAGCUACAAAUACAGUGACCGGGUCAACAACCCUAUCGCCCGAGACAUUGACGUAGUGUUUUGUUUAGUGGUAACGGCUUUGGUUCUGAUUGGCGUGGGAGGAGUUGUUGGUGUUGGCGUCUUGCUGUUUUACAAAUGCAAAGGAAAAAAAGGGGCGUCGAGUGGUCAAGAAACAACAGGCGUGGCAGCAGAAGCAGAGGAAACACCAACCGUUUAUACCUCGUUUCUUAACAAUGAAAAGGAAAAGCCCUCGUCUGUUUUUUAGUGUUGUCUGUUCCUUUGAGAAGGAAUGACUCUUUCACCAAAGCCAAGUCUAAUGCUGGUGAGCUGCCUCAUGUUCUCUUGUGUGUAUUUUAUGUUUAGGAAUCAAAGCACUCAGACAGUAAAUGUGGGAAAUGUGUUCAGGAUGAAAGGUCUGGUGAAAGCACAUCUAAAAACCGCUUCAGUAUUUAAGCAGAGGAACUCUGUUUAUGUAGCUUUUUUAUGUGACUUCACAUUUCUGUUUCCAUUUCUGAGCACAGACUAAAGACGAUGACCAGUUUUAUAUUUAUCUUAUUUAUUAGAUUUGAGUGAAACUAACUGUGUUUGUCUCAGAGGCUGUUUGUGACGACACGUCAAACAUUUCUGUUACACUCUGCUCAUAGAGCUGAAUUUAUCCUGUGAAACCUGUGAUGUUUGAUCAAGAUUAAACAAACAACAACAACAAAAAACUUGUUGAUGCGGGUUAUUGUCAGGUUGGAGUAGUUAGUUGAUUUUAUCUACCAAUGGGAUGAGAGUAAUGCAGCUUUCCCUCGCCAAACUAUCAUCACCAGCCAAUCAGAAGUAGGGUGGGGUGUGUCUUGGAAAGCUUGGUUGAGAUCCAGCUGAUGCUGCAUUCACUUCAAAUUGGAAAAAAUUACUUCUGCGUCAUCAAAUACAGAAAUUACUGCUUCCAGCUGCUCUAAACGUUUUAAUGUUCAGUAAAUGGUGACAAUAAACCAAACUUAUUUUUUCUCCUCGGAGUUGACCUGUAACACGAACACUAUGAUGUCAAAAGUCUGAAAUUUGGAGUUGGAAUAAGCUAUAUCCGAGUUUACAUGAAGGCAUCAUCUGAGGUGGUGUUUUUUCAUUGAAGUCACUGUUGUCCAAAAGAAGGAGAGUAAAUUUAUGAUUAAUGAAGCUCAGAGAAUGUGUCCUAACUGCAGACAAAUAGUAAAAUAAUAAUUAAUAUUAAAUAUUAGGAUUUUUUUUAAAGAUGCUAAUGAAGAUAUUAAAUAUUCUUGACUAUGUGUUUCUAAAGUAAUAAAAUGGAAGAAAUCCUAAAA